AUGAAGGCCCUUCAACAGGUACUAGAUGCCGUGAUUGCCGCUACCACGCUUUCGCUGCGGUACUCAUCGAUUCUCUUUGUGCGCUUUUAUCCGAUUGCCCGAUACUGGCCUAGGAUAUAUACCACAUUUGCUGCAUAUGCUCUGUUGGCUCUUGUGCAGCUGCACCUCACCCGCAGACAUGCACGCAACACACGGCAUCCUAUCUUGGUUGUCCUGUUGGGCUGGGUUGACAUUACAAGACCCUUGCUCUCUGCUUUAGGCGCCCUUGCCAACAUUUUAUGUGUCGUGUCUGCGGUAGACUUUGUGUACAGGGCUCAUUACUUCCAUCAAAGUCAUGGGCUAUCAUUCUCCCGCAUGGGGUAUACCACCUUCAACUCCGCUAGCAUCGUCAUCCGGGCCCCUGAUUCCCCGAUUGUGGAGAUAAGUGCCAAGCCAGACUUUGCAACGCCGGGCGACUCAAAAUCCAUCAUCAUCAAUGGCCUUUCGGAAGAAACCGAUUGGGUAGGGACUGCAACAUUGAAGAACCUACUACCAGAUACGCCGUAUGUAUACAUCACAAACGCCAGCCAUUCCGGCUCCUUCAAAACCGCCAAGCAACACCCAAAGCAGUGGACCAUGGUCCAGACGAGCUGCAUCAAGCCCUUCUACCCCUACCACCCGGCAGACCACGCUCUCAGCAUCAAGGGGCUCCAACACCUCGGCCGGUACCUGAGCAACCGGACCGUCGACUUCAUGCUGUUCCUGGGCGACUUCAUCUACAUCGACCUCCCCUACCCGAUCGGCUGGACGCAGCGCCACUACACAGACCUGUACCGCCAGACGUACGCAUCACCGAGCUGGACGCCGGCGCUGCGGGCGCUGCCGUGGCUGCACGUCUACGACGACCACGAGUUCGUCAACGACUGGUCCGGCAACGAGACGGGGCUGUACCAGGCCGCCGUGGCGCCAUACUGGCACUACCAGGGCCACGCGAAUCCCGCUUCGUCGUCGUCGUAUUAUACGUUUGCCCGCGGCGACGUCGCCUUCUUCGUCCUCGACACGCGCCGGUACCGGUCGCCGUCGGAGCGGCCAGACGGGCCCGGCAAGACCAUGCUGGGGUCUGUUCAGCUGGCCCACCUGCGCGAGUGGCUGCGCGAGGAACCCAGGUGGAAGGUGGUGGUGAGCAGCGUGCCCUGGACCCUGACCUGGGUCAGCCCGGACGAGGGGGAUCGGUGGGCCGGAUACCUGCAUGAGCGGGAGAUGAUUUACGAGUGGAUGAGGGAGACGGACGGGGUGCUUCUGCUCAGCGGGGUGCGCGGCGAGCUAAACAGCAGAGGACAGGAUCGACACGAACACACCACUACUGUGUUUCCUCCUCCCUCUGGCAAAGGUAAAACGCUCAUCGAAUUCUCCACUUCGGCGUUGAAUCAGUUCCACGAGCCAUUCGAUCGCUUUCACGUCGCCGCCAAUGGCAAUGACCACGCCGUGUACAAUCACUACAAAGGCAACUCAAAAUUUGCCUCGAUAUCAUUCGACACGACAGAUCCAAUGCACUGGAAGGUGAAUUUCGAUCUGGUCGUGGAUGGGGAAAAGGUUUGGGAGUACGAGUGGGAGUAUGAGAAGGCAGCCAGCUCGCGCCAAGACUAG